UACUUAAGAUGUGUGAUGGGUAAAGCGAUAAGGAGAGGCAUAACAGGUGAGGAAUUCUAAUGGCAGCAAGAGUGAGCAUCUCUGCUUCUCAAGCCCCGAUUCCUUCGUUCCAGCGUCCAACCAACCCACCUUCAUCCUCAUCUGCAUCGCUUCGUCCUCUCUCUGCCACUCCUCUUCACUCUCCAGAGCCAAUUCCAAAUAGGAGGAAGCUGGUUCUCCAGCGUUUCAAGAUUCAUGCCAAUAUAGGUGGUAAGAAAAAAAAAAAAAGUUUGCCCCUAAACAAACGAAGGGUAGCUUACGACUGAUUACUGAAUUUCUUUAAUGGAUUUGGGUGGAGGAGAAGGAGAUGUAAAGCAAGUUGGAGGGAGGAAGAAGAAGAAGUUCAUCACCAGAGAAGAAGAACCAGAACAGUAUUGGCAGACAGCAGGAGAAAGGGAAGGAGAGAACCCAAUGAAGACCCCUCUUCCUUAUAUCAUCAUCUUUGGCAUGUCUACCCCUUUUGUCAUCUUAGCCAUUGCCUUUGCUAAUGGUUGGAUCAAAGUCCCUGUCCGCUAAUUCACCACCGUUACUACUUACUCUACCCACAUCCCACAUAGACAAAGCCCACAAAAACCUUCUCUACAUUCACUACCCUUUCCUCUGCUAUUUCAAAUCUCUAAGAAUACCAACCCAGAAAAAAGAAAAAAGAAAAGCUCUUCUCCUUUACCAUUCCAAGUUGGCCAGUUAUUUAUGGGGAUGCUAUCUUCCUUUAGAAAUCCUUUUUGUUGAGUUAUUAAAAGGACUACAUCAUCUUACAUAUGUAGAUUUUUCUUCUUAUCAGUACCCUUUAUAAUCAACAUUUUGGAUAGAUGAUUAUUAUCAAGUUCACUCCUUUAUCUUAGACUCUGCAUGUUUUUGUUGAGUUCAAAAUGUAGGACCAAGAACAAAGGAAACACCUUUAUUGCCUUCAAAGAUAUAUGUUCUUAAGUUCACAUCUACCAAUACAUACAGAUGGAAAACUUGAAUUGGGAUUCUACUUGGGAACAUUUGCAGGAAGGGAUUGCCUGGAAUGAUUAAAUCCUUCCCAGUUAUCAAAAGUUGAACAUGGUAGUAGUGUCCUGGAAUCUGACUGUGGUGGAUAAAUUUGUAAGAAGGAAGAAAUCAAUAUUGGGAUUGGAGAAUUAGAAAACAGUUUUUUGAGGCUAAAGAAAGUUUAAAUUGUUUUAUGGAUGUGUUGUGCUUUUGCUCAAAGAUCUAGUUUUUAUUUUU